GCUGCGGAAGUAGGAACUGGGAUAUGAAGUUCUCUUCCAGAAAACAGCUUUAGAGUGUUUAAAGGAUGACACCUUUAAGCAGUGCACCCAGAAGUGGGCAGAGUGAGGACACCUUAAGGGAGCAGCAAAGGGAGAGCAUCUUAACAAGGCUGAAGGUGAUCCUUGGGACAUCAAGAUGCCUAUCCGUGCAUACUGUACAAUUUGCUCCGAUUUCUUCGAUCACUCGAAAGAUGUUGCUGCCAUCCACUGCGGACACACUUUCCACUAUGAAUGUCUUCUCCAGUGGUUUCAGACGGCCCCCACAAAAACCUGUCCACAGUGUAGGAAACAGGUCAGCACCAGACACAUUAUCUGCAAGCUGUACUUUGACAUUGGUGGAGAGGAGGAGGAGGCCACAGCGGACCCGGAAAGCUUGCAGAAUGAGCUUGAUCGAAUGAAGGUGCUUUUAAGCUCCAAAGAGCGAGACUGGCGGGACAAACAGAAAGUGGUGGACAGUUUGAGGGAGACUGUCGACAAGCAAAAGAGAGACCUGGACAGCGUGCGGAAAGAGAUUAUGGAAAAGGAGAUGCUCUGCUCUGCUCUCAGGAAACAGAUGACAUACUUGGAGACACAACAGAAUGAUGUUCAUGCUGCCAAGGAGGAGGCCCGGAGACUCAGGAUCAAAAUGAAAACUUUUGAAAGCCUGGACGUGUUGUUACAGGGUCAGAGAGCAGAGGUGGAGUCCAUGAUCACAGAUAUGGGUGUCAGUCAGGCGGCAGUGGAGCAGCUCUCCAUUUACUGCAUUUCUCUCAAAAAAGAGUAUGAUAAUCUAAAAGGUAGCCUGAAGUCUACGAAUGACAUGUGUGAGAAGCUGAAGAGAGAAGUGCUCUCCUCAAACAACAAGUUACAAAAAGCCUCAGUGGAGGUGAAUCAGACCAAAGAGGACAUGAAGUCUCUGCAGAAUGAUCUGGCCAAUGCUGACAAAGAAAUCUCUAGUCUGAAGAAGAAAGUGGAGUUCCUUCAGAAGACUCUGAGCACGCCGACACGGACAAACGAAACCCUCAGUCGGCUCGUGUUCGAAAGCCCAGCCCCAUUGGAGCUGAAGCAGCCUCGCCUCCACCAGCCUGCAGAUAGCCAGGACAUUGACCUAAAUAUGACCUAUGACAUCACUACACCGGAUGAUGUGGCCAAGAGACCGACCCAGGUCCCAUCCAAGAAGAUGCGUGUUGACCCUCCGGCAAUGUCCAUGUCCAAACACAAUGUGAAGAGUUCAUCUUUAUCCAAGGCUCAAGAUGAGGAUGGAUCCAUGGAUCCAUUUAUGAGGAACUCCCUUCUCUUCAGAAAGAAGACUUUUGGUAGCAUGUUGGACCCUCAGAGGAAGCCUGGAGCUGUGAGAACUGGUUAUGAUGGAUUAGGAGGACGGACUAAAUUCUUCCAACCUUCUCCUUUAUCGGAGAUUCGCCCACUGAUGAAAGCAAAAAGGAAGAAGGUAACCAGACCUCCACCCAAGAUUGCAACUCGCCUCACUCUGGACAGCUUCCUCGAGUGAAGUUCAACCUCUCCUGCCCCCGGAAGAGGAGUCAGAGGUCAGGAUGCUGCAUGUGACGUGACAUGUUGGUGCUACUGCGGCACAGAGAACCAGCCUGGCAGCGGUUCUGCCACUCGGCACCAAACAGGACUUUUUGAUAUAACUUCAUUUAGAAGCAGUAACUGACCAAACACCUGACAGCUGAUGCUGAGCUUGGCAGUUGGAGCUUUGGUGACAUCCUCAAACCUGCUGCACAUUUUAACAUUGUGUGUGUUUGUUUGUUUGUUUGUGUGUGUGUGUGUGUGUGUGUGUGUGUGUGUGUGUGUGUUGUGAAUUUGUAUGUGGAGACUGUGUCUCACCCAGCAUUUGCUUUGGAGUAUUUUCUUAUAGUUUUUAUGUGGGUGUCUUAUCGACUUAUUUGCAGACCCUUCAAAUGACACUGCUCUGUAUUAUGUCCUUCAUUGUCACAGACGCAUUUAUUUUCUAUUCUUGGAAAAAUAGUCAGUUAUUUUUCACACAUAUUUAAAACCGGUCUUCAUGAACACCAACAUGUAGAUAAGAUGUAGAUAUUUUUAGUUUUAAUGGUCCUGCCAGAUGUAAAACCAACUCAAAUAAUAAACAAUAUUUUCUUUUAUUAAGGUUUGUGUGGGGUCUACAAACAAUUCCCUCUUGACUGUGCUUUUAUUCACAAACAUUUCACUGAGGUGUGCUCUCCUGCAGAGGGCAGUGCAAACUCUUUUCUCACAUGAGGACAUGAAUCUCACAGCCAUCCUGCACUGUGAAGGGAGAUGCACUGCACGUGGUGACCGCUGAAUCCAUUUGUACUUUAAAAGGCUGCGCCAGUACAGAAGGUAAUCCUCAAGAAAGACAUUGGUCAAAACACCUUCAGUAAAACCUGAGUUGUACAUUGUGAUCAAGUAACAAAAAGUACACUGCACUUGUUAAUUUUGGGAGUUACCUCAGGCUAAAUAUCAGAUAAUGUUUGCAGAAAUGAGAAUUUGUUGUGAUAGAGAAGCUUUCAUAGCACAAGAUCAAAUACAACUGAUGCAGUGAAACUUUCUGACGAGGUUCCCAUGCAUGAACGUAACAGCGGCUCGUCUGUGACUUUUGGCUUGCUGCCAUACAAACUGGCCUUCAAGCACACUUGCUUGAUAGUUUGACAAACAAUAUGGGGAAAUGCCAAACAUUGUUUUCCACUGUGGAAAAAUAUAAGUACCAGAAAAAAAUUAAUUGCCUGUUCACAAUCACUUGUAUCCUGUUUUUACCUGUGAAUUUCCAGUUUCCACAGUGAAAAUCAGUUUGUACCAUAAUGAUUGUAUUCAUAACACUAAUUUAAAUAAAAAAGCUUUGUUGUAUUAGAGAGUGGAUAUUGAAUGAUUCUGCUGCGAGUGCUUACAGUUAAGUGAUCAAUUCUACAUUCCCAGAAGAGUUUAUCAGAAAUAGUAACAGGACAUGGUGGUGGUGCAUUUUAAAAGCUACUUCCCUUCAGUGCAAUCGGAGGCAAAAGUCACGAUACCCCAUACAAACAAUAUUUCAAAACAUUCAUGUACACAUAAAACACACAAUCCAUGCAGUGCUUUUGGAGCCAGUA